AUGUCUGCGUCUCAGAAUCAAUCCUCACUCAACUCUACCCCCGCCGGUACAACUUUUGGUCCCAACUCGGGCGCACCAUCAUCCACAGCCACUCCUGGUAUGUCAGUAGGAUCGGCUACAGCAAUGGGUCAUGGCGAUCAUCCAAAGGAUAAUGCAGAUGACAGCAAUGCCAAAUUAUCGAGUUCCAAGGUCGGACCUCAACAAGAGGAUUUGGAUGGAGAGCAAAUGAGAGCCGCAGGUGAAGGAGAUGUCAUGGCUGCUCAAUUCGACAAGAAGAAUGCUGGAUGGGGAGAGGAGGGUAGUUACACAAGUGAUUUGGAUAGACAGAAGGCAGAGCAGAAGGAGGCUAGACAGAAGGCAGAGCAGAAGGAGGCUAGAGAGAAGAUCAAGAGUCAACGAGAGCAAGGCAUCGAUGUAGAUGGAGGAGCAGGUGGAAGACUCGAAAACGAAGGGUUGAGAUCCGUUUGA